AUGAAAUGGUUUCGUUAUUUUACUUUAAAAUCACGUAAAAAUUUUAUUCGUCGAUAUUUAAAAGCAAAUGGAAUUGAUUAUCAUUCAAGACAUACAGCAAAUUAUGAUAAUGAAAUGCUUCGAACUUUUGUCGAUAGUUAUUGUCGUCAAGAUGGAAUCUUAUUGUUACGUAUUAUUACUGCAAAUAUGAAUAAUGUUAUUGUUGGUGAACUUAUUUGUGCUUUAUGGGAUAAUUGGCAAAAACAACGACAAAUUCGUAUUGAUACUUUAUCUCAACAUAUUGCAAAUAAUAAAGAAAAAUUACUCGAUGAUCAUGAUAGUAAUAAUUCAACAUUACCACAUUCAAAAACAGGAACAUUAAGCAUCCAUGAUGAUCGUUAUUUAUUAUUACCACCGCGUAUUUAA